CAAGUAGAAGCAGUAGAAAAAAUUUGUAUUCUGCAGAGUAUCCAGGUCCUUCUCACAGAAUUAAAAAGACUGUACAGCUGGCAGCCUGUUAUCGAUUACAUUGAUAGUAAAUUUGAGGACUACCUAAAUGCAGAAUCAUGCAUGAACAGACAUCAGAUGCCUGAUAACAGGGUGCAGUGUUGUUUAUCCUUCAUUGCUUCUUCAGGACAUCGACUUAAACCAUUGGAUAUUGAGUUUAUGAAGCGUUUGCAUGUAAAAGUGAAUAUCAUCCCACUUAUUGCCAAAGCAGACACACUCACACCAGAGGAAUGCCAACAGUUUAAAAAACAGUCACUCCAAUAUUGCCUGGGAACUUCUGGUGUCAGCAAACUGAGACCCCAUAUGAAAAAAACAGGAAAAGGUUUUGUCACAAUGGAAAAUACAUGCAGAGUAAAAGCCUCAGCAUCACCCAAAGGAAAUGACACAGCAGGAGAGAGAAGGAGGAAGAGAAGAACCAGCUUUACAAGAUCUCUGGAUCAUGUUUCCAUGCCAACUGAUGCCAGGAAGAAGCGGUCCAUGAUAUUCCCUAACUUUGGAAUUUUCUGUAAAGCUCUAUUUCAUGCCAACAAAGGAAAAAAAAAAAGUUACUCAACACUCAGAAGGCAGAAAAGCGACCUCUCUCUCUCCAUCUUCAGAAGCCAAGCAAGCGUGUGGGCCUGCGUAUGCAUCCUUUCUUUUACUCACUUUCUAAAUGCUGUAACGGCUACCAUCUUUCAAGUGGUCACAAACCAUCUCUAAAGUCAAUCUGAGGUCAACCUACUCGACUUGUGAGGGAUCCACCUAUACUGCCUCUGCACCUGUAAUAUGACUAAGGAGACGACGGUGGCUGCACACGUAGUUAACACCGAUUGUACUGUGACUCCGCCUUUCCGCAGCAGCUCUCAGGCUCUUUAGAGUCCUUUUGAGCCAAGCUGGACGUGAGGCAUAAAGGAGCUCUUUGCAAACGCCAGGGGGAAUUUCUUCAGGGUUAACUUAACUUUCAAUCGGCUUCAUUGUAAGAGAAAUACGUGGAGCAAACGGGAACUUUUUUUCUCAUCUUUUGCAUUUCAAGCAAAAACUAAUAAAAUUCGAUGUUUCCACCGUCAUGCUCAGUCUCAAAGCUGUCAGCAGAUCCCACUUCUAACUUUUAACACAGGCACUCAGGAAAUCGGGAAAUCCCUGCAGCUCCCUCAGAAGCUACAGUAUCAGCAGUUACUGAAGUGCAAACCAAAACCCAACAUCACGUACUCCUCCAAAGAGCUCAGCCUGUCUGUUGAGCGACAGAAAUAGCGGCGAGGUGCUCUGGAAGCCAUGACAGCCUGGCCGAAAUGAACCAGGUCCCCUCCUGGUCGAGCCUACCUCCCCAGGGACAAGAAAUGUACCUCUCUUCCCUCAUACCCACAGGAAGCAACGGAGGGAUGUGGCGCUUAGACUCACUCUACCAUCCAGUCCAUAGAAGUCCUGAUAAUCUUCAGGAUGCAACAGAGCGAGACUCCGUCUCAAAAACAAAACAAAACAAAACAACCCUAAGGAAGAGAGAGAAUGUACUGGAGGAUAGGAAGUAUCUAGGAGAACCUUCUUUUUUUUUCUUGUAUUUAAAUUUAAGCCUUCAUUUAUAUAAAAUAAAACCCAUGAAACCUAUUCAACUUAUGGCUUAUUAUAUAUAUAACCAAAACUCGGACCAAGAUACUGAAUUUUUCAGCAACUAACAGCUGCCUUUUGCCCAUUUCAAUUAUCCUAACUCUGACCUCCACCUCCACAGAUUAUUUUUCUUAUGUUUUAAAUGGAUCGUAUCAAAUGAUGGUAGUGUAUUUGGGGCUGCUACAAAAUCACUCAAGACUACUAUAUUGUAACAAACAAAAACUUGUUUCCUUCCUUCCUUCCCUUCUUUCUUCCUUCCUUCCUUCUUCUCUCUCUCUUUUUCUCUCUCUCUUUCUCUCUUUCUCUCUUUCUCUCUCUCUCUCUUUCUCUCUUUCUUUCUUUCCUUCUUCUUGACAGACUUUCACUCUUGUUGCCCAGGCUGGAGUACAGUGGCAUGAUCUUGGCUCACUGCAACCUCUGCCUCCUGGGUUCAAGCAAUUCUCCUGUCUCAGCCUCCUGGGUAGCUGGGAUUACAAGCGAGUGCCACCACGCCUGGCUAAUUUUUCUGUAUUUUUGGUAGAGAUGGGGUUUCACCAUGUUUGCCAGGCUGGUCUUGAACUCCUGACCUCAGGUGAUCCAUCCAUCAUGGCCUCCCAAAAUACUGUGAUUACAGGAGAGGGCCAUGGCACCUGGCCCAGAAACUUAUUUUCUUACAGUUCUGGAGGCUGAGAAGUCCAAAAUCAAGGCACAGGCUCUGGUGUCUGGUAAUGGCCUUUUUGUUGUGUCCUCACAUGGCAGAAAACUGAGGGCAAUAGAGAGAUGAAUUUCCUUUGUCAAGUCUUAUUAUAAGGGUACCUAAUAUUAUUCAUGAAGAAGGAACCCUUAUGGCUUAAUCUUCUUAAAGGGCCUAUCUCUUACUAAAUCAUGAUGUAGCCUAGAUAAAUUCUUAAAUACGCCAAUGACAUUGGUACUAUUAGUUUUACUAUAUUUACCAACAAGGAAGCUGAGACUUAGAAUGAAGUGACCUGCCCAAGUUCACACGAUGAACUUGGGGGGCAGUAUUAUGAGUUGAAUUGUGUCCCACCAAAAUUUAUAUGUGGAAGUCCUGACCCUUGGUACUUCAGAAUAUGACUCUUUGGAAAUAGGGUCAUUGCAGAUGUAACGUUAAUAUGGGUUACAGUGUAGUAGGAAAGGCUCUUACUCUAAUAGGACUGGUGUCCUUAUAAAAAGAGGAAAAUUCAGAGACAUGUGUGCGGGGAGAAUGCCCUGUGAACCUGAAAGCAGAGUUUCUAUAAGCCAAGGAAUGCCAAGCAUUGCAGCAAACUGCCAGAGGCUAUGAGAAAAGGAUGACAUAUUCUCUCGUGGCCCUCUGAUGACAGAAGAAGCCUACUGUCAAUGUCUUCAUCCUGGACUCCUGGACUCCAGAAUUGUGAGAGAAUUUCUGCUGCUUAUGCCACUCAGUCGGUGGCAUUUUGUUGUGAUAGCCCCAGAAAACUAAUAUGGGCAGCCAAGACUCACAGCACAAGCUGAGUUGGCAUCAGGACACUCACUACUUCUCUCACAAGUGACUGAUUGCUGCUGAUACCUGGACCACCCUGCUCCGUUCAAUCCCUACUCUAACAGAAAUUUAGCUCAGUACCUAUGGUGGUCUAAUCACUGAUUGAAAACCUCUGUUGGAUUAAUGAUGGUAUUCUUCCAGGGGAAGUGUAUAAAUUUCUUGCUUAUGAAAAAUAAAGAUAAUUUUUAGAAUAAA